GAUCAAAAUCAUCAUCACACCACAAGUGGUCUUCCUCCUUCCAUAUCUAACAUCACUCAUUCUCCGACUCAAAAACCGCCCAAUAUAGGAGCCGAAGCCGACCUUCUUGGACUCAAUUUGGAUCCGAUUUCUGAGCCAAGUGCUAUUACGUUUCAGCCUCAGGUCGUUGCAGGCCCAGGUUCUGGGGACUCUGUUCUUGCACUAAGCCCUACCGUUGAAUCGAUUGUUCCACGGAUGCUUGGUCUCAAUGAACAAGUGGCAAAUGACACAAAUGGGCUCUCUGUCAUCAACGGAACUGUCUCUCUCACAGAUGAAGACAUUGCAAAGUAUUAUAAUCUCUUGAAAAAUUUUUUAUUUCGUGAAAAUUGUUCAUACUUAAGGCGUGGCACAUGA